AUUGCCAAGUGCUCUACUAAUGAAGUUAGUAUCAAACAUCAUGAUGAAUUGCCUCAUCUUCUUUGCCUUGCUACCUACUAUUCAUCUAAACGCUGCUACCUCUGCUGUAGAGUCCUCAAAACGUACGACUUACGCCACAGCUUCGUUGAUUGCGGAGAUAAUUGAUGAGUACUACAUAUUGCAUACCAUGCCAUUACUGGUCAUCCGAGAGUACGAACCUGAUCAAGCCGAUCUGGUCGAUCAGGUCAUCCAAAACCUUCAACAUCGAAGAAUAGUCCAACUGGAUGCUACCCUCAUCGGUUACACGACCUGGUUCUACGGAAUCUUUUUCUGUCAGAAUUUGUCCAGUUUCCAGAAGCUCAUCGAACUUUUCACAUUGGAAAGGUACGACAUCGUUGGCUACUAUACGUUUGUUCUGAUAGAGGCUAGUGAAGCCGAAGUCAAUGAAGUGUUCAACACCGUUUGGAAACUCAAACUUCUUCGAACUGUGCUUAUCGUAGUUAACGGAGAUCACCCGCAGCUGUUCAACUACUCUCCCUAUUCCAACAAUACUUGCGGUGAACCGAUAGUUCACCGAGUCCAGGAGCAUUCGUCUACGGAGUUGUUCAUCCACUUUCUGAAUGAUUUCUACGGCUGUCCACUCAAACUGGGAACCUUCGAAAGUCCUCCGUUCGUCCACAUCCUCUCCGCGGAUCAAGGACGAGAUUCUCUCAUCGAUGGUUUCGAAGGGGAUCUGGUUUCGACACUUGCCGGGAAGCUCAACUUCCGACUCGUGGUUAUGACUCCUCCGGACAAUGCACAGUGGGGCGUCCCGUCGCCCAACGGUAGUACCGGUCUGAUGAGGAUCCUUCAGGAUGAGACCGUGGACUUUGGAGUUGGCUGUUUGGGGAUUAUGGCGCAGCGAAAUGAAAUUCUUCAACCUGGAAGGGCUCACUACAACUCGCGAGCUCUGUUCGCCAUCCCGGAAGGCCAGCCCUACAGCCCGAUUGAGAAACUAUUGAGGCCUUUCGAGAGAACCGUUUGGAUGGUACUUGUCGGCCAACUGAUUAGCAUUGCGUUUUUGAUGCUGUGCCUGAAAUUCGCAUCGGACAACGUCCGGAACUUUAUCUAUGGAGAGGGUAAUCAAACAGCACUGUUGAACUUGUUCAACGUGGUCUACUCAGGAGGUCUGCACAUCUUUCCAAGGCGGAACUUUGCCAGGACUCUCUUGGUGUUGUGGAUAGUGCAUUGCUUCGUGUUGCGAACAGUGUACCAGGGAUUGCUGUUCAGAUACUUGCAAGACGAGUCCAGUCAUAGCCCGGUGGAUACGGUUGAUGGAAUCGAACGGUCGACCCUGCACUACCACAUCAACAAAAACUCGGAUCGCUUCUUUCAGCACAAUCCGAGUUUGCUGAAACGUGUACGUUACAUUCCGCCUGGAAACGACAGUAUGGGAGCGGCACUGGACGCCGUAGCGAGCCGUAGAGUUCGAGACGGAGUCGUGCUGGUCACCCUGGAGCACAUUGCGUAUCACAACAAGCACCGCUUGAGCAGGGGUUUCCUGCGAAGUACUCGAGACAGUUUGAAUGGCUUUCCCAUGGUUAUCUACUACCCUAAGAGAACCUUUCUGGUGCGAGUGUUGAACCGAGUAAUUGGGAACAUCGAAACCGCUGGACUCAUGAACUACUGGGUCAGACGUUACGGAAACUACAAUUUUCUACCGGCGAAGUUGACCAUGGUUCAGCCGAAGCCUCUGGAGUUGCAACAUAUGAUGGGCUGUUUCUUGUUCAUCUGUGUGCAGUGGAGCAUGAGCUGUGCGGUGUUCGGCCUGGAGCUGCUGUCGUCGAGGGUAGCAUGGUUGCAGAGGGUAUUGCAGUUCUUCGUUCACAGAUAGACGGGACGCUUCAAGGACAUGAAGAUACAGGGAACUAUUGCCAUUGAUUAAAACUACCUUGAAACAUACUUGAAGCUAUUGUACAGUUAACUGCUUAUCAAUUACUACUAAAAGGAUUGAACAUUGUUUCAUUCGCAUCCAUAA